CCGGUUCUUCCUCUUUCCUGUUUCCGGCUCGACGUGUGCAAGAUGGCGGACAAGAAUAACCUUCCGCAAGCUUCGCUACUUUUCUCGGGUUCGGACAGCUUCAGCUUCCCUCAGCUGAACACCUCGGCCACCCUGGUGCCCGUGGUGGGACAGGAGGCCACCAUGAUCCCAUCAGAAGAAGAGGGUGAGGCCGACAGUUUCUUGGGUCAGAACAACCCUCCAACGUCGCAGCCAGCCCCGUUUACUUUCUUCCAACAGCAGUCCAAUGGGUCGGACCCCUUUUCUCAGAUCGGCAGCGACGCUCCCGAUCCAUUUGCUCAGAUCUCCGACCAGCGGCAGCCCCCGCUGAUACAGGAACAACAGCCUGAACUCUUUGCUGCUUCUUCCCAACCCUCCCAACCUACCCCUCCACCCCCUGCUUCUCAACCAUACUCCCCUCAGCAGUUCUACCAACCCCCUCCCCCUUCUCAUACCCCCCAGUCUCAGAGCUUCUCCAGCCCCCCACAGUCAUUCCACACGCCUCCCCCAUCAUUUUCCACCCCAUCCAUGACUUCAGCCCCUCCCCAGGAUAACGUGUUCAGACCGACUCCCCAGUCCCCACAGUAUGGAGAGAGCCUACCAAUGGGAGUGCCCCCACCCCCAACAGAUUCACAACUGCAGUCCCAGUGGCAACAGCAAGGUGGCUCUAUGUCAGCCAGUUCCACUGGUUCCAGUCUGGUUGGCACUCCUGGCUACGAACCGGUCCAGCCGCACUGGUUCUACUGUAAGAUAGUGGAGGGACGGGAGGUCUGGCUGCCAUUCUCUUUACUGGACUCACUCCGACUGGAAGAAGCCUUCUCAACCGCAGUACAGCAGGAUCCAGAGAACUACGUUAUCCCUACAAACGGUGGACGCUACGACGUCCAUCUCAACGACCGUCUGCGAUACUCUGUGUUCUGGGAUGAGGAUCCAUCCAUCGUCCGACGGUGUACAUGGUUUUACAAGGGUGACGGUGACAACAAGUUUGUGCCUUAUGCCGAGGACUUUUCAGAGCGACUGGAGUCGGAGUACUUCAACGCUGUGACAAACAACGCCUGGCACCGGCGCCUGGAGUUCCCCGGUGGGGAAACCAUCGUCAUGCACAACCCCAACGUCAUCGUACAUUUCCGACAGACGCCAGACGAGUGGGGUACAACUCCAGACGGACAGAUGAGACCGCGAGUGGUGAAGAGGGGAGUGGACGAUGUGGUAGAGAUAGAAGAUGGCAGUAGUGAGCAAAUCAAGAAAUGGAGAAACCUAAUUACUGAUGAAGGUGAGGUGGGACCUGCCGACCACCUGGUGUUUGUUGUCCAUGGUAUCGGCCCUGUGUGUGACCUCAGGUUCCGCAGUCCUGUGGAGUGUGUGGAUGAUUUCCGAGCGGUGUCCCAAAUGUUGACACACACACAUUUCAAGCACGGUGUGGACGAGGGGAAGGUGCAUCGUGUGGAGUUCCUGCCUGUACACUGGCACAAGGCACUGCACGGAGAUGCCACCGGUGUGGACAGACAACUGAAGAAAAUCACUCUCCCCAGUAUUGGGAGGCUGAGACAUUUCACUAACGACACGUUACUGGACAUCCUGUUCUAUACCAGCCCAUCCUACUGCCAGACCAUUGCAGAAACAGUUGCCUCUGAGAUGGACAGACUGUGGGACCUGUUUCUGUCCAGGAAUCCACGCUUUGUUGGAGGGGUGUCUGUUGUGGGGCACAGUCUAGGUUCUUUGAUAGUAUUUGACCUGCUGGCCCAUCAAGGCAUGAGUGCUGGCACUCCCUCUACUGAGCAGCAGACACCUGCAGGCCCCCCUCCAGAGCCUGAACCUCAGGAGGAGACCCCAGGUGAACAGCAGGAGGAGACCACACAGGAACAGAAGGAGGAAGAGCUGAGCCUGGAUGACCUGUUCAGUAAGCUUGGACUGGACGAGUACAAGGAGACAUUCCAACAGGAGAAGAUUGACAUGGAGUCACUGGUUCUGUGUAGUGAAGCUGACCUGAAGGAGAUGGGUGUUCCCAUGGGGCCACGGAAAAAGCUGUUUGGCUUCCUUAAAGAACAAAAGACUGCAAAGGAGAGAAAGAAGGCAGAAGCAGAAGACAGGAAGAGAAGAGAGGCUGAGCGGAUUGCACAGGAGGCAGCGAGAAAGGCUGCUGAGGAAGAGAGACAGAGACAACAACAACAGACAGCAGUAGGGAACGGCAGCAUCACCUCCCUACAUGUGGACUAUGAUACAGGCCACUCUGGCAUCGGCAUGCCACAUAUCAGGUACCCCCCGCUGAAGUUUAGCCUGACCAACUUCUUUGCCCUGGGCUCCCCCAUCGGGAUGUUCCUGGUGACCCGUGGGAUUGAGGAGAUCGGUGAGGACUUCACCCUGCCCACCUGCCCCAACUUCUUCAACAUAUUCCACCCUUUUGAUCCCGUGGCAUACAGGAUUGAGCCUAUAGUCCACCCAACAGUGGACGUGAAACCUGUCCUCAUUCCACAUCACAAGGGCAGGAAACGGCUCCAUCUGGAACUGAAGGAAAGCUUGUCCAGGAUGGGGACGGAUCUGAAGAGAGCGAUCAUUGGUGCAGCCAAGAAGGGCUGGACGUCCAUCCACGACUUUGCCCGCGCACACUCGGCCAACGAGGACGUUCAGGCUGACCUGGACAGCAUGGCGGACAACAUUGUACAGGAGAUCAAGGCGGAGGAGGAGAGGAUGCAAGUCUCAGCUGCUGUAGAGAACCCACCCCCAGAGGAUGUACAGAUUGGGAAGUUGAACAGAGGCAAUCGCAUUGACUACGUGCUGCAGGAGAAGCCCAUUGAGAGCUUCAAUGAGUACCUCUUUGCACUUGGCAGUCAUGUUUGUUACUGGGAAUCUGAGGACACAGUCCUGCUGCUGAUGAAGGAGAUCUACUCUACCAGUGGUGUCCUUCCCAUGAUUCCUGGGUCACAAGAUCGGUAGUGGCUAACCUCUGACUCUUACACCAGUAUACCAGCGAUGCCGUGUAUCCGUAUGCGAUGGGAACUUAUGUAGAUACAUGUAUUUUAAGAACACCUUUUAGAUAACCUUGCCCAGAAGGGAUAUUAUAAUUUCAAAUAAAGUCAAUUGUGGCCAGGGCAUUUAGAAUCUAAAAUUUUUUGACCUUAUAUCAAACGUAUUCUGUAAAAUGAGAAAUGCACUAUGUGUACAUUAAUGAUGUUAGCCUUUUCAAGCUUAACUCUGCUUCUAUGACAGUUAGUAGCAAAAAGAACAAAGGUAAGAAUAUGUUAUGCUCUCCAAUAGUAUAUACAAUAUACCUUUCCCUGUGUCAAUGAGCUCUUUAACAGAAUCUUUAUCCUUUCAAAAAUGUAAAUAUCUGGUUGACAGUGUCAAAAAUUAAUUGGUCACCAAAUGAAAAUAAAAGUGACAUCAGACUGCACUAAUAGGUCCUCAUCCACAACAAUCUUUGAAUAGGCAUGACAAGGGUAAAUUUGACUGUGACAGUACCGGUAUAUCUUUCUUUAUGUUUGUAAUAGUAAGCUUUACUUUGCUUUAAAAGUUCUUGUUGGUGGCAAUAUUAGUAUGGAGCUUAAGUCCUAAGCAACCGUGACGUGUCAGUCAUUCUGCAAUUGUAUGUACAUAAAUGUCACAGGCAAAAAGUUUUUUUUGUGUUUCAAGUAAGUGCACCUCGGCUAUGGUUACAGAAUUUAAUCACAUUUGAACUGUCAUGCUAGCAACUUUCGCUUGGUUCUGUAAGCAGGUGCAUUUUGUGACUCCAUUGUUGGUUGGAUUAUGCAUGAAACUGCAGAGCUGUUCUGUUUACAUUUUGGCCCUUCUUAGCUGCACAAACAUGAACACAAAUGUCCACUCUAACUUUGAUCAAACAGAAACCUUGUCCUGGAGAGGUUUUAAGUACAGCGGCACACCUUUAAUGACUGCUGUGACAGUAACAUUGUAGAAAUGUGUACAUUUCAUAGAAGGAUAUUAUAGACAAGAUGCUUAUCGGUCCUGUGUGCCAAUGCAAUAAACAGCUGUUUUGAAUGCAAGUGAGCAGUUAUCUAUUUCAUUUGGUGUAUAAUAUAAUGAUUGUUGGUAAAAUGAUACCUUAAUUCUGUAGCUGCCAUCAAUGCAUUGUGGGGUAUGAAAUACAUUGUAUAUCAAACAGUAUGUAAUGCAGAAUUACGCAGCCCAUAUUAUGAUAUCAAACUUGCUGCUUUAAAUGCAAAUAAAAUCUAUGUUCAUUUUGAACAUGUUGAUGUUACAAAGAUACACAAAUGACUGGUGCCAACAAUGUUUUUGUGGUACAUUUGACUCAAUACAAUAGCUGCUUAUGUCAUAAAUAUUUCAGUUUCAAUAACAUGAUUGGCUUGACAUAUAAGAUAAUUGUAUUUGCUAUCAAAAGAGCCAAGGAUUCUUAAAAACAUGUUUUUUUUUCAAUUAAUGAAAUAAAUAAUGUUACCAUGA